AUGGGUGAAAAACGUAACCGUAAUGGUAAGGAUGCAAAUUCCCAAAACAGGAAGAAAUUUAAAGUAUCUUCCGGAUUCUUAGACCCUGGUACGUCUGGAAUAUAUGCCACAUGUUCUAGAAGACAUGAACGUCAAGCAGCCCAAGAGUUGCAGCUUUUAUUCGAAGAAAAAUUUCAAGAACUCUAUGGGGAUAUCAAAGAAGGAGAAGAUGAAAGUGAAAAUGACGAAAAGAAAGAUCUAUCAAUUGAAGACCAGAUAAAAAAGGAAUUACAAGAAUUGAAAGGUGAAGAAACAGGCAAAGAUUUAUCUUCAGGGGAGACAAAGAAGAAAGACCCCUUAGCCUUCAUCGACUUGAACUGUGAGUGCGUGACAUUUUGUAAAACAAGAAAGCCAAUUGUUCCCGAAGAAUUUGUGCUAAGUAUCAUGAAAGACUUAGCGGAUCCCAAAAAUAUGGUUAAACGUACUAGAUAUGUUCAGAAAUUAACACCUAUUACGUACUCUUGUAAUGCAAAAAUGGAGCAAUUAAUCAAGUUGGCCAAUUUGGUUAUUGGGCCACACUUUCAUGACCCUUCGAAUGUUAAAAAAAAUUAUAAAUUUGCUGUAGAAGUGACAAGAAGAAAUUUCAAUACGAUUGAAAGAAUGGACAUCAUUAAUCAAGUUGUGAAGCUGGUCAAUAAAGAGGGUUCUGAGUUUAAUCAUACUGUGGACUUGAAGAACUAUGAUAAAUUGAUUCUAGUGGAAUGUUUUAAGAGCAAUAUCGGAAUGUGUGUAGUCGAUGGGGAUUAUAAAACCAAAUAUCGUAAAUACAACGUUCAACAGCUUUAUGAAUCGAAAUUCCGAAAGGAUGAAGAUAAGAGUGUAAAACAAUAA